UUUUGCUUGGAUGUGAUAAACUUGUGAUCUGAAGCUGCUACAAUGUCUCAAGAAGGAGAAACUGGAAUGCAAGAGAAUACUUCUAAUCCUGAUAAGAGAGGCAAGGCUCUCAACCAGGAGAGGGCUUCAAGAGGGAUUCCGACUCAUCGCACCCUAAAGCCACCAAACAGUAUACCAAAACCUGGCGCACAUGCAGCUGCAGGGAAGCUGGGCUCCAAACCCACACUAGCAUCAAAAGAGAAUGACUCUGCACCAAGGGCGGCUCCCCGGGUGGGAGCGGCGGGCGGCCGUCCUCCAUCCUCCCACCCUGCCAGUGCCUCUGCAGCGGGCUCCAAACCGCGCACGGGCGGCGCGCGUGCCGCGGCGGCGGCCCAGUCGGCGCGCACAGCUCGGAAGCCGCUGUCUGCCAGCGAUCCGUCCGGGGCCGGCCGGCAGCCGGCGGCCCGCCCGCUGGUGAAGGCAGCCGCCGGGCCGCGCCAGGGCCGGCCGCGGCCGCGCGGCAUGGCCACCGUGGGGGGCGGCGCGCCGCUGUUCGCCACGCCGGGCGACACCAGCCAGCUGCACCCGGCCAUCAUCAAGGCGGCGAGACGGAGCGGCCAGCUGAACCUCUCCAGUCGCGAGCUGACCGAAGUGCCGCCGAAGGUGUGGCGCAUCAACGAGAUCGACAACGAGGAGGCCAAGCAGCUGACAAUGGAGAUGGACGGCGGCGGCGAGGAGCGCUGGUGGGACCAGAAGCCGCUGGCCAAGCUGCUGCUCUGCGGCAACCGGCUGACGGCGCUGUCGGACGAGCUCGGUCUGCUCACACACCUCACCACGCUAGACGUGCACGACAACGCGCUGACGUCGCUGCCGGAGUCGGUGGGCCAGCUGCAGUCGCUGACCCGGCUGGUGGUCAGUCACAACCAGCUGCGCCAGCUGCCCGGACAGCUGUUCGGCGUGACGACGCUGCGCCAGCUGCUGGCUGACCACAACCGGCUGGAGCAGCUGCCCGAACAGACCGGCGACUGCCUGGACCUCGAGCUGCUGGAUGUGUCUCACAACUGUUUGACCUCGCUACCGCCCGGACUGGGCUACCUUCACCGGCUGACGCGGCUGGCGGCCUCCGAUAAUCGGCUGACCUCUCUGCCCGACGAGAUCGGCUCCAUGACCAGCGCCGGCCACCACGGUGGAGGUGUACGUCACCUGGACCUGUCGCGCAACUCCCUGACGGCGCUGCCCGCCUCCAUGGGCCAGCUCUACCAGCUGGAGGUGCUCGACCUGCGCCAGAACCAGCUCACCCAGCUGCCCGAGCUCACCGACUGUCACGCGCUCAAAGAGCUCCACGUCGGCUUCAAUCAGAUCAAGGAAAUGAGCGUCGAGCUGGUCGAGAGCCUCAAGUCUGUGGUGACGCUGGACCUGUCCAACAACAAGCUGGAGGCGCUGCCGGACGAGAUCAGCUGCCUGCAGCGGCUGGAGCGGCUUGACCUGCGCAACAACGACCUGGCCGUGCCGCCACUGCGUCUCUGUCUGCUGCCACUGCUGAAGUCAGUCCAGCUGGAGGGGAACGCCAUGCGCUCUGUGCGCCGUGACCUGCUGACGCGCAGCACGCAGCAGCUGCUGCGCCACUUCAGGGAGCGUCUCCAGGGACAGGCGGCCGUCGAGGGACUGCUGAUCCCCGGUCUGAGUGACGCCGGCGGCGGAGGGCCCUGUGACGUGCCCGACAGCCAGGCGGCCGAGAGAGACCGGCUGCACGAGGUGCACAAGAUGAAGAGCAGCCGGCUGCUGUCACACAGCGGACAGAAGGCGACAGAGAUUCCGGACGACCUGUUUGCCAUGGGUCAAGAAGCUGAGGUCACGACGGUCGACUUCAGCAAGAACAUGUUGACCAGCGUGCCGGCAGACAACCUGCUGCUGCUCAGCGGCCACCUGUCGGAGCUCAAUGUCAGCGGUAACCGGCUGACGGAGCUGCCCGAGGCGCUGGGCCAGUGUCGCCGCCUGACCUUCCUGAACGCCAGCAGCAACCAGCUGGCCGGCCUGCCCGGCAGCCUGGCCACGCUGCAGCACCUGCGCGAGGUGGCUCUCUCGAUGAACAGGCUCACGGCCAUCCCGGAGGUGCUCUACUCGGUGCCUUCCCUGGAGAUCAUCCUGGCCAGCGACAACCAGAUCACCGAGAUCCAGGUGGAGCCGCUCCGCAAGCUCACCCGGCUCGCCACGCUCGACCUGCGCAACAACAGCAUCGCUCACGUGCCGGCCAAACUCGGCUACAUGGAGCAGCUCAGGUCUCUCGGUCUGGAGGGUAAUCUGUUCAAGCAGCCUCGGCCGGCGAUCCUGGCCCAGGGCACCGCCUCCAUCCUGCAGUAUCUGAAGGACCGUGUGCCCAUGUCGGAACGCACCGAGUAAGCCGCAGCCGCCGGCUGAGAAAUCUUCUGGAGAACGUGCUAGACAGUAGAUAUUACAGCUUCCGCGGGGCCAGUUUAUCAUUAAUCGGCUUCAAUACUCGCUUUUCAGGACCUAAUGCUGCGUGCACUUCGCAUAAUGAUAGUCAGUAACCAUGGUCCAUUAGUGGGGUUUUACUGUUUUACUCAUCUUUAUCACUACGGUUUUAUUUCGCGACACUGCUAUGAGAAUGCAAUAGGGCGAUGAUUAGGGCAAUGGGGUGAUAGGGCCAUUGAAGUGAUUUUGUUGGUUGUUUUUGUCCACUCGGGAGGUCACUGGGGAAAAUAAGGUAGAUAAGCAUCGCAUCUGACCAGAGCAUGGCUAGCAAUCGAGUGAUGCUGUUUAGCGGCUCAUAUGGCGCCGGUAGUGCUGACUGUGAUAUCUCCUCGGCUGAGCAUUAGUAGCGGUGACACGGCUAUGAUGUAGUGCUGCACACGGUUUUGAUCACACUCCACUGAUCACAGUGUUCACUGUGGCUCAUGCCUGCUUGUGGCGCGGCGUGGUGUCCGUGUCCGCAGUGAUAUUUACCGGUGAUUGCCGAUCCUUCUACACCCGGUGACAGCCAGCUCAGACGUCCGUUCGUGCGGCCUGCGUGCCUGUGUGCCUGUGUGGGAUGGCCAGUUCCAAUCAACUGACCGCGACCGGACACCUUCGUGCGAGGUCGGGUUUCACCAAUCGGUGUGGGGCAGGAGACGGCAUUUCCGUUCGGCCAUCCCGGGUUGUGACAGCUUGUGGCGAUGAUGCCGUGUGAUUCAUACCUGCUGGAUCAGGUGACCAGUCUGAACAGUUAUUAGUUUGUGUGGAUUUGUUGGUGUUUUGUGGGCACAGACUUGUACCAUUGUGAGCUUUGGCAGCUUGGAGAUGCUUUUGGGAUAGUCCUUAAUUAUUAUUUCAUCAUUGUGAACCGUCAGUACUACAGACAGUAUAUUGGCCAGCGUUCUAUAAUGUUCCGCAAUUCCUUUGACAUCUGAAAUAAUUUCUUUGAAGACCAUCUUUUAUAUAUUUGACGUUGCAUAAUGUUGGCGUUUUACUGUACUUAAUCGAAAAAUAUAGCUUUUUUAACCUUAGAUUAUUUUAUCUGGUUACUGUUAAAUAAAUUUGGAUUUAUUGAUCUGUGACCAAUGCAUUUGUAAGAAAUUUUGUUCCAAUCGAGUAUACAUCGUUUUUUCCGUGGCAGAUGGUCCCACCGCGUGAAAUAUGGAACAGCCAUGGAGCGACACUUUGCCAUAUCGUUAAUAGUUUAGUUGUACCUUCAGUUUGUAAUUCCUCUGUCAUGUCGGUUGAUGUCUACCCUGUGAGAGUGUGCGAGCUGGUGUCUGCUCGUAAUUGAAUAACGGGACGUCAGAUGCAAGCUUCGUGAGACGACUCAAUAUGCACGUUUAAUCUGCAGUGCCUUGCAUCGCUUCCCUAAUGUGCAUCGACUGAAUACAUUGAGCCACUA